AUGCAUGUGGGAGGUCAUAAGACGGAGAUAUAUUCCCCUUUAGGGAUAGUAAUAUUACAGGACCCGAAUAGGGCCUACGUUCAUGACAUGUAUACGGUGAAGGGUCGCGCAGUGUUGAGGUGUGCCGCACCUUUGGGCAAAGGAUGUGGCAAAGCCUUCUAUGUGGACGAUUGGUUAAAGCAAAGAGUUCGAAUCUUCCCGGAGUAUGACUUGCCGUACACGGGGGAGGCCAGUCAUUGUUGUGUCUCUGCCGAAAAAUCAGUGAACCAACUGUCCCGGGCCUUUGAGAAGAAGUGCAAUCUUAGCCCUGAUGUGCUUGGUGAGACCAACAAGGCCAAUGCGGGCAGACCGGCCAAGCCGAGUGGUACGAUGGAGCGGUCUGAUGCUGUUAGGGCACCAGAGGAACAAGUUCACAUAAAGAGUAUCGAUGCAGGGUCGGGGAUCACAAACAGAGAGAGUUAUGGGGUGGUUGAUAUGGCAUCCUUUCGAUCCAAAUGGUCCUGA